GGACAAUGGGGUUUGCGAGAUGAGGCGGCUCACAGGAUUUCUCCCUACGUAGGCAUUGCAUAAACACCGACCCCCGUCUAUACUAACCUAGAGGAUUGGUGAACCGUUCCACUGCCGUCUAUAUAAUGGCUAGAUGCCUGACGUCUUGUCGUACCGACCCGUGUUCUUCGAGUGCGACGGGGAUAUUAGUGAUUUCUAUAGGCACCGACCAAUAUGAUAAUCAUCCGCGUCCAUUUAUCCAAAAUAGUCUCGAUUAUUGAGAGCUUCCAAUAGCGAUAUCGCUACCGAUAGUCUGUCCUCAAAAUGUAUAUUCUUGGAUAUCCUAUCCUGUUCGGAGUGUACGCUGCUUUGGUAGGCCAGUCGGUACUCGCUGGCGCUGUUCAGCAUCCCUCCAAUCACGCUACUGGCAUACCAAUGCCCAGUACCUUCAAGAGAUACCAAGAUACGUAUCAAAGGAAUACGCGAGCGUCCUUGGGAAUCAAAGGGUGCACAAACAAGAAUAUCGCUGUUCGCAGAUCAUGGGAUGAUCUCGAUGAUGCAACAAGAACAGACUAUCUCCGAGCUGUGAACUGCCUGGCUGCAAAACCGCCAAAGAUGGAUACGAGCCUAGCACCUGGGGCUAUGAACCGACUUGACGACUUUACCUACAUCCACAUUAACCAAACAAACAUAAUUCAUCAGUCGGGUUAUCUCCUACCAUGGCACCGUCUCUUCCUCUGGCAAAUAGAGCAUGCCCUACGUGAUGAGUGUGGGUACAAGGGGCAUCUCCCUUACUGGGACAACCCACGAUUCUCCGAGGACCAGGCACAAUCAAAAGUCUUCGAUGGCUCUAUGACAUCCUUCGGUGGUAACGGCGCAUUCGUACCUCACGGGCCUCGGAAGGUCAUUUUACCAGGGUUGGCCAUUAGCAACUUUUCACUUCCCAAGCCCGCGGGGACGGGUGGAGGUUGCAUCACCGACGGACCGCUCAAGAAUUUCCGAAUCAGUCUAGGACCUGUCGCGAAGGAAGUCAUCGACCCAGCAAACAAGUAUGGAUUUUUACCGAAUCCGCGCUGUCUGUCGCGGGACUUCUACAACCCCGCCAGUCAGGGGGUCCUGAAUUGGGCCAACGCUACCACGAUCGUCGCGUCCGACAGCAUCAAGGCGCUGCGCAAUAACAUCGAGGACCUGUGGCACUUCAACUCGCACACGUUCGUGGGAAUGGAGGCUGCGGAUCCCUUUAGCACGCCGAACGAUCCCGUGUUCUACCUGCUACACGCGCAGAUCGAUCGUCUGUGGGCGAUAUGGCAAGGGCAGGACUUGAAGGCGAGGACGUUCGCGAUUGAUGGAAAUAGGACAUUUCUGGGGUUAGCACUAGACACGGCACCGAACUUGCCCCCGAGUUUAGCGACGAUUGAUGAUGUGAUGGAUAUGGGAUUGGGAUGGAAACCUAAGACGAAGGAGGGGAUGCCGGCGACGAAGGGUGGACGGUGUUAUAUUUAUGAGUAGAUUAUUGCUGUGUAUGGUACCUAGGUAGUGAGUCGAGAGUUUCUUUUUUUGAUCUUUUGGAUAUAUAUACUAGGUAUAUUUAUUGCGUAGACGAGGUAAUGGUAUGGGAGACAUCUUACGACCGGAAAAGGCAGCUAAUUAGAACGGUAGGCACCUAAUUUAUUGCACUGAAAAUAGAAUACAGAAUAUGACGAAUCAACGUUGACGAUCUGUCUAACCUACGGAGCUGGGAUAAUA